AAGAAGAGGGAGGUACCGGUUGCCGUAGGUACCUGCUUCCUAUCUGUUGUUGGUGUCAUCUAUCUUGCUUCAAAUUACAGAAUGGCACAGUGGGGUGCCAUAUUCUCAAUAAUUGCUGCUCUCGGAGGAGCAGCACUUUUAGCCUCUGUACACAAGAUAGACGAGGGACACACUGGAGUUUACUACAGGGGAGGGGCUCUCCUGACCACCACCAGUGGCCCUGGUUUCCACCUUAUGCUUCCAUUCAUCACCACCUACAAGUCUGUUCAGACGACGCUGCAGACCGAUGAGGUGAAGAACGUACCAUGCGGCACAAGUGGAGGAGUGAUGAUUUACUUUGAUCGCAUAGAGGUGGUGAACUAUCUCGUUCCAUCAGCAGUGUACGACAUAGUGAGGAACUUCACCGCAGACUACGAUAAAGCUUUGAUAUUCAACAAGGUUCACCACGAGCUCAACCAGUUCUGCAGUGUCCACUCACUGCAGGAGGUCUACAUCGGCUUGUUUGACCAAAUUGAUGAAAACCUAAAGUUGACUCUACAAGAGGAUCUAACAUCCAUGGCACCUGGACUCAUCAUACAGGCAGUCCGUGUGACAAAACCCAACAUCCCAGAGAGCAUUCGCCGGAACUACGAGCUCAUGGAGAGCGAGAAGACGAAGCUGCUGAUCUCUCAACAGACACAGAAGGUUGUGGAGAAGGAGGCAGAGACAGAGAGGAUCAAAGCUGUGAUAGAGGCUGAGAAAGUGGCUCAAGUGGCAGAGAUCAAGUUUGGGCAGAAAGUCAUGGAGAAGGAAACUGAAAAAAGGAUCUCUCAAAUCGAAGACGGCGCUUUCCUGGCCAGGCAGAAAGCCAGGGCAGAUGCAGAGUUCUAUACAGCACAGAGAACUGCCGAGGCCAACAGGCUGAAGUUGACACCAGAGUACCUGCAGCUCAUGAAGUACAAGGCCAUCGCAGCCAACAGCAAAAUCUACUUUGGGAAUGACAUACCACAGAUGUUUGUGGACUCUGGCUCUGCAGGGAGCUCCAUAAAAGCCUCUGCAGCCAUGGACAUUGUGGGUGAGCAGAUCCUGGACCUGGAUUAAAUAAUGGGACUCACAGGACCACCCAGGGAUGGAGGACUAUCUGCUGGAGGGCAGUAGCCUGGCCCACAGGCUGGCUGGCUUGCAGGUUCGCCCUCUGGCCCAGAGAAGCUCUGCUGACCAGGGCCUGUAUUUCUCAAACAUCUCAGAAUCACUGCUAGAAAUCACUUUGACAGUUUGAGUAGGAAGUCAAAAUCUUCUACCUCAGAUUAAAGGACCCAAAUUAUUUUUGAGGCUUCGCAUACCUCUGUUUUUUCUGACAGAAAAUGCCAUCAUUUGCAUUCAGAACUAUAAAUUAGAUGGAGCAAAAACUACUUUAAAUAGCAUCACCUGUGGGUGUAUGAUAAGAUCCUUUUUAAAACUGACAUUUAGCCAAAACAAUAAUUUAAAGGAAUUGUCCCUACUGCUGCUCAGCUUUAACAGUCUGUGUGGAAAGUGCACCCAGUCACAACGUCACAGAUCACAAAUCAAUUACUACUUAUGUGCUUACACUGUGUUAUCUCUUUAUGUGAAAUGUGUCCCAAUUGAGCAUUUGAUGCACUGAUAUUUGCAACCAUUUGUUCUGAAGAAUAAAACGCAAAAAUAUUUUCUAAUCAA